ACACACGCAUUUAUUUUUUAUUUUUGUCAAACAGAUAGAAACAGCAAUCAUUAUGGAAGAUCCUCAGUCUUCUUUAGCUAUUGCUUCUCAACAUUUUGACAAUGGACAAAUAAAAGAUGCAUAUAGUAUAUUUCUGACCACAGCUACAAAUGCGAUAAAACCACUUUUUGACGUCAAAUUUGUUCAUUGCUCAAUUGUCUCGAAGCCUCAGAAUUCUGCAGCAUUGAUUUCAGUCUUACACAUAUGUCUUGAACAUAUUGAAAAGAUUAUUGAGUAUCAUUCACCUUCAGCGAAAAUACCACCUCCGCCAUUACCACCAAAACCUUCACAUGUGAGCAAGCCGGUCUUGCCACCCAAGCCUACAAGAACGACUCCACCCAUACCAAUUCCUUCAAAAAGUAGAGUGAAACGGUCAUUAUCUGAUAAUCAAGUCAUAACUCAGCAACAACAAGAGCAACAAAGAACACACCUUCGAUCCAAUUCAUACUCUAUGGAUGUACCUGAUGGAGAAAUUGAUCCUAACCACCUUGUGCCAGCACAAACAAACAGCAACGACAGUCUUCCUCAUACUAGCGCUCUGUCAAUGAAAGCAGAUCAUGUUCCACAUAUACCAGUGCCACCUUUAUUGACAUCACACCGACUGCUACAAACUAAAUUAGACGAACUUGAAUCCUCACUUAAGGAAUUUCGCCUUCAAAAAAGUCAAUUGAAUGAACAAGAUACUCAUAACAAAUACGAACUAGACGCAGCCAUUGCCAAGUAUACCCCAUAUGUAGCCGAAGCAAAGCACACAUUAAACCGAGUUCGAACACUUUACAUGAGUGCUGCUACCAUCCCUAGCAUUCUGCAUUUUCAACCUGCUCUUGUUGCCUAUCAAUUAACACGUAUUGAAUCAGCUAUUUUUAUGGCCAUUCCUUCUGGAGCUCUAUUAACACAUGCACCUAAAUCACCUCAUCCUCGUAUCGUCGCCUCUUCUGAUUUUUUUAAUUAUGUUACAAGGUGGAUUGAACACUCGAUUCUGUUGCCUCAAGAAGCAUCUGUUCGCUCUCAACACAUUAAUCAUUGGAUAAAAAUUGCUUGUAAAUGUCAAGACUUGAACAACUAUCAAACACUGAAAGCCAUCGUUUCUGCCCUGGGUACGCCACCCGUACAGCGUCUUAAGCGUACUUGGGCUUACAUUCCUAAAAAGAGUCUAGCUCGGUUAGAUGCCAUGAAUGAACUUAUGUCGGAAACCAAUAAUUAUGGCAGAUACCGCGAACACAUGGGUAUUGUAUCCACCACUGUCUUGAAUGGCAAGAGUGUUGAUUCAAUUCAAUCAGAACAUUUUAAGCGGCCUACUGUUCCUUUCUUGGGCACAUUUAUUCAUGACAUGACUUAUCUUUUAGCUGCUGUCAAUCAACAACCUAAGGACAAGGACCCGCGUAUUCUCAAACUCUUAGACACACUCAAGAAGUUCCAAUCUGUACCACCUUAUGAUCGAAGAGCAGUUCAUGUCAGUAAGAAAUCACAACCUUUAAUGCGACCUUCUUUCUCUCAAGCCAUUCAUCGAAGUAAAUCAAGCUUUGGUCGGUUGGGAGGUGCCAUGGGCUUUGGUAACAGUAACACAGACAAUACGACAAACGACUUGUCUAGUAACGGUGCUUAUGAUUCAACAGACGAUUUUGAUGCUGAAGAACAACAGAGCCUAGUAACUCAAUACAUUUUGAUGCGUCCAUGGGUCAAUCAAACCAUGGUAGAUGAGCUUAGUAUUUUGCGUGAACCACCUACAAACAACAAAGGCCCAGGUAGAACAAACAGCCUAACAAACUCCAUGAUGAGUAGCACAAAUUCCUUAAUGCUUCUGAAUCAAAGUCCUACCACAACAAACAGUAUUAAUAGCGGCAGUAGUAGACCUACUAGCAUGGAUGAUUAUUAUACAACUCGAUCUUAUAUUUAUGGAAGGGAUUCAGCACAAACAUCUAUACCUUUGACUUCUUCUUCUACAUUAGAAGAUGAAGACGAAGACGAAGAAGUAUCAUCAUCGCCGUCGAGUACUUCAUAUCCCGUCAUUUCACCUCCACGAACAGAGGGCCAAUAUUUUUGGAGCGACCCUAUUAUCAGUCUGUACAACAAAGGUAACGCAUAAUCAAUGUCAAUAUAGGUUACUUAUUCAUUAAAUAGAAACAGCACCUCUUGUGCCUCCCCGACCAAAUCCCUCUUUUAGACCGCAGCGUAUGGCUUAAAGGAUAGUUUGUAAAUUUCGCUUGUAAAUAAAUCUAAGGUCUUGCAUAAAAAAAAAGGAUUUCGUAUUACACAUGUAUUCGCAACGUCAAUUUGGUUAUCCGACUUAGCUGUUGACCACACGUGUGAUGUUGCUGUUUUGAGCAAGAUGAUCUAAAGAAAUUAG